AAGGGAGUGAAGAGGUAGAAGCAGUUCUCCUGUCAUUCAAUAUUUUUCUUGAUUAGUAUCAAAUUCAUAAUGAAUAUCCAUCAUGUUCUGGUCUUCUGCUUCUUAUCAGGUACAACUGGGUUUGUCAAAGCCAGCAUUUGGGUUGGGCCUGAAGGAGGGAAUUUAUCACUUUAUGGUUACCUCACUGUGUCUGGAAACAUAAAGUUCUUCUGUAAGGAAAAAUGUGAGAGAGCAGAAAACAUCCUCAUUAAAACAGAUGGAACCACAGCUCAGAGCGGCAAAUUCAAGAUUGAAUACAAAAAUGCAUCUUCAGGAAGAGGAAGGCUGUCUUUCACCAUCACACAUGCAAUCAAGUCUGAUUCAGGAAGGUAUCGAUAUGGUUUGGGUAAAUCUUCAGCUCCAGAUUCUUACUCAGACAUUGAGGUCAGAGUUUCCAAUGAAUUUAAUAAAAGCUCUGGAUUCUUCCGUGCGCAGACUGAGGGAGAUGAAAUCUCAAUUCCAUGUGACAAUGCUGUCCAUGGACAGAGGAAGUUCCUUUGCAAGAAUCCGUGUAAAAAAGAAGGAAAUAUUUUCAUUGACACAACUAAUGACAAAGCUGAGAAUGGCAGGUACAGCAUCAAAUACACAAAAGGAUCUGCGUUUGGACUGUAUGCAACCAUCAGACAGCUGACCAAGUCUGACACGGGACAGUACUGGUGUGGUUACGGCGACCCUUUGUCUCCUGAUUCAUACGACACUGAUGAUGUUUUUGUUGUAGAGGCUUCAAACCCACACACCUCUGCACCACCAACAACACAGACUCAGAGUUUCACUUCAGCCGUCUCCACACCUUCAUCAGAUUGUCCCGACUCCUUCUUGCCUCUGGCUGUCUGUCUGAUCUCAGUUGGUGUUUUGCUGUUAUCGGUUGUUUUGCUGCUCCUCUACAUUUGGAAGAUAAAGAGGAACUUUGGACAAAACAUCAGAGAAUAUGCUGAUGACACAAACAUGGAGACUAAAGGACAAAACACGAAACAUCCAGGGAUGGAGAAAGUUCUGUUCAUCAUAGCCGCAACAGGCCUGUGUGCCGUCACUUCCAAACAUUACUACCAGUUUGUUUAUGAGCUGAAGAACUGGACUGAAGCGCUGAGUUACUGCAGAGACAAGUACACAGACCUGGCUGCUAUAGACGACAUGCAAGAUGUGCAGACGCUGAACGACAUGGUGGAACUGAGCAAAAUGACCAUCAUGGAGAACGGCAAUCGAGCCUGGAUCGGGCUGUAUGAUGACAUCAAUGGCUGGAGGUGGUCAAUGUCAGAAAACAGUGAGGCUGAGUUCAGAAACUGGUCACCUUGGCAACCAGAUAACCUAAUGAGUAAAGAAUUCUGCGUACUGAUGGUUGAUGGACUGUGGUUUGAUUAUCCUUGUGAGAGUUUCUACAGAUUUGUCUGCUCUGAUAACAGAGGGUCGACUAUGACAUUUGUCUACAUUGACAAUCUCAUGUCGUGGACGGAGGCCCAGAGCUACUGCAGACUUCAUUACACAGACCUGGCCAGUGUGAGGAACAUGACAGAGAACCAGAAGAUAGAUGAGGUGGUACCUGCAGGGGUGAAGGUGUGGAUUGGCCUUUUCAGAGAUUCCUGGAAGUGGACAAAUGGAAGUACCUCCUCAUUAAGAUAUUGGACAAUUAUUGAACCUAACAAUCUGAUGGGACACGAGUCUUGUGUGGCAGCAAACUUUUUACUAAAUGCAAAAUGGGAGGACUGGACCUGUGACUCCAUGAAAGAAUUUGUUUGCUACAUCGCGCCUGUUUACAAGCAAGUGGUGAGAGUGAAUCUGAUAAACUCCAAUCCUGAUCUGACCCACCCUGACGUGAUGGAAGCCAUGCUGAACCACAUCAAACAGAAGCUGAAGGAGCAGGGAGUAAAGGGAGACAUCAAACUGAGCUGGAGGAAGCAGUCAGAUGGAUCAGUCUUCCAAAAGGAUGACGAGGAAAUGAAGAAGAAGAGCAUCGUCUGAAGGUUUCAGGCUCUAUUGUGAAAUAUUAUCAUAUUAUUCUAUACUUUGUGUGAA